UCCAACCGGUCCUCGGUCAGACGGUCGGACACGGACAGCCUGUCGAGCCUGCAGCAGGCGGAGGCGGCCCGCGUGCGCCUGCCCUCCAGCCAGUCGAGCUCGUCCCGCGAGUCGGCCGUCUCGUCGGCCGCCGCGCGUAAGCCCAGUCUCGGCCUGGUCAGGCCGCGCACCGCGCCGCCGGCGCCGCCAGCGCCGCCCGCGGCCGCCUCCGCAAACUCACCGCUUCCGGCACGCUCGCCUGACUCGUCUAGUCCCGGCUUGGUCCGCUCGCUGUCGACGCAGUCGCAGCUGGCGGCGCGGCCGCUGGCGACGGUUCCAUUCCGCCACUCGGCCUCCGUGGACGCGGAGCAGGCGCCGCCGCUGCCCCCGCCGGCGGCGCGAGGCGCGCGGCCGCCGCCGCCUGCCGGUCGAGCUGAGCCGGCCUGGCCGCGGCCCGAGCCGGGCGCCGCCGCCUCCAGCCACGACAACACCGAGUACAUGCUGUCGACCGAUGCGGCCGCGGUCGCCGCCGAGCCGGGGGUCGAGGAGGAGGAGCAGUACACCAGCCUGCUCGACAAGGAGCCGCUCUACCAGGUGUACCUGCGGGACCGCUGCUACCAGGAGUCGGUGAGCGGCGGCUCGGAGGACGACUACGAGACGAUCCGCGAGUCGCCACCGGACGGCGAGGCGGCGCCGCCGGACGCGGCGGCCGGCUCUCAGGAUCCGCCGCCGCCGCCGCCGCCGGCCCGCCGCCGCCUCCACUCGCGGCCAUCAGCCAUCGAGCUGCUGGCGGCGCCGGCCGAGGGCCAGCGAUCGCUCUGGUGUCAGCUGCCGGAGGUCAUCAACAGCGGCAUCCUCGACAAACUGAGCAGCGACGAGAAGCGGCUGCAGGAGGCCAUGUUCGAGGUGGUCAGCUCGGAGGCCUCCUACCAGAAGUCGCUGUCGGUGCUGGUGCGACACUUCAGGGAGGAGCCUACCCUGUGCCAGUUCCAGUCGCCUGACUGCAUCCUCAACAAGGCCGACUACCAGGCCCUGUUCUCAAACGCUGACAAAGUGCGCCAGUGCUCGGAGGCGUUCCUCACGGAUUUGGAGCGGCGCUGGCAGGAGGACGUGAUGCUGCGAGGCCUGUGUCAGGUGAUCCAGACUCACGCUGCCUCCCACUUCCACGUGUACAAACACUACUGCGCCAACCAGAUCAUCCAGGACAGAAAGCUGAAGGAGCUCAGGGAGAAGAGUCCGCAGUUUGUGGAGGUGCUGCGGCGGCUGGAAUCGUCGUCCCAGUGCCAGAGCCUCAGCCUGCACUCGUUCCUGAUGUUGCCCAUGCAGCGGGUGACGCGGCUGCCACUGCUGGUGUCGGCCAUCCUGGUCAGGCUGGAGCCCGGACAUCCGGAGUACAACAGCUGCCAGAUGGCCUACCAGACGCUCACGCAGCUGGUGAAGGACUGCAACGAGGAGGCGCGCCGGAACGAGCGGCUGGAGGAGCUGGUAUCCAUCAGCCGCCAGCUGCUGUUCAAGGACACCAAGGUCUUCCCACUGGUCACGGGCAGCAGGUGGCUGGUUAAGAAAGGCGAGCUGGUGCGAACUGUCUGCAAGGCGGACGAUUCCAAACUGACCUUCGGUCGCAAACAGGCUCGCCAACAGACCGUCCACAUGUUCCUCUUCAACGACCUGCUGAUCAUCUCCAAGAGGAAAAGUGACGGCUUCUACCUCGUGCUGGACUAUUGUUUGCGGAACAUGGUGCAGCUGACCGAGAACGCCGAGGAUCGCGCGGACAAGUUCCUGCUCACGCUGCUCAGCAACCACGAGGGCAAGACGGUCGAAAUGCUGUUCUGCUGUCCGGUGGAGUCGGAGCGCGUGCGCUGGGUGGAGGCCGUCACGCCCAAGACGCAGAAGACGGAGACCGAGACCGUGUACGAGACGUGGGACUGUCCGCAGGUGCUGGCGGUCCACCCGUACGCCGCUCAGCAGCCGGACGAGAUUACGCUGCACGUGGGCGACGUGCUCAAGGUGCUGCGUAAGGUGCCCGACGGCUGGUACCAGGGCAUGCGCCUGCUCGACUCCACGUCCGGCUGGUUCCCGAGCAACCGGUGCCAGGAGAUCAUGUCGGAGCACGUGCGCGCGCGCCACCUGCGCCAGCGGUACGAGCUGCUGCGCAUGACCGGCGACUUCCUGCGCCAGGAGCGCGAGCGCAAGCUGCGCGCCGAGAAGGAGACGGCGCGCGGCGGCUCCCCGCCCACGGAGCGGGCCACGCCCGCCUGAGGGCGCUGACCGGUGGGAGCGGGCCCGGCUGGUGUGGGCAGCCCGCCCGGCGGCCGGGCUCGCCCCUGGAUCCUGACGCUGCGCUGGGCGCUGGCCGGGCCGCGGCCUGGUGCCGCGGCAGGGACGCCGGAGCUCUCUCUGGGGCGAGAGUGGUGCUCAUGCCGAGGGCCGGUCCCACGUGUUGGACCCAACCGUCCGUCGUUACGCGCUGGGGGAUGUAACCGUAAUGCUCGAGAGACGCGUGUGUGCGCUUGGUCACAUUCCUGUUUCAAAAAGCUGGUAACAGGGGACUGUUGCUGCCAAACCAAUUGUGAUAUUGUUUUAGUGACAUCGAUAUGCCCUGUUAGAGGUGGUUUACUAAUAUGUUUAUUUACUCAGCCUCUGAGUGUCGUGAAUAACUUCUGCUUCACCCAGUGAUGAUUUGUCAUCAAGUUAUCGUUCGAUAAAUGUUGUCCGUAUGCAUUGGUGCUGCGAUGUAGACUGCAUGUGUCCACUGCUGAGUAAUAAUGUACAUAUUGAUCACGUGUCAUUGAAGAUGCUUUAUUGAAAUGCAAUAUAGAAUGCUCUGUGUGCGAA